AUGCUGGCAGCAACCCAGGUGACCGUCCCAUACCCAGCAUGGCGCCGCGAUAACAUCCUGGUGGGCCGGGGGGCCACCAGGCAGUCGUUCUCGCCCGCCGCCGCCGCCGCGUCUCAGCGCGACGUCUUCUACUUCCCACCUGUCGCCAAACUCCCGCGCCGCCCGCAGCCCGACAUGCCGCUCUACGGGGCACGCCCACCAUUGCCGCCGCCGACGCCCAUCUAUCAACCUCCCCGUGCCCGCGUCGAGAAGUCCCCUUCACAGACACAGGCCAAGGAGUACGAAGAAAUGGUUCUGGAAACUUUGGCCGACGUGGAAAUGUCGGAAAAGAUUCAUAUCAUAGGCCAGACCCGGAUGGCCAAAUUUAUCACGUACUCGCUUGCAGGCGUUGCGGACUUGCCUCCUCCCCAGCUUCUCACGCAUGACUUCAGCCUCCCCGUAGCUUGGGGCAGUGGCGGCCGGGCUUUGACGCUUCGUAUCAAAGACAAGGGCAAGGGCAUACACCCCGCAACCUCACGCCCGAUAGCAAUCCCCGAGGUGGUUGGACACCGGAACCCCCUCAAGCACUCAUCUUCCAGGCGUCUCAAGCACAUCGACAAUCUGAUCAUGUGCACAAGUGACGCCGCUAUUGUCCCGACCUUGCGGGGGAUCCGCGACAGCAUCAACGAGGACACCGUCAUAUGUAUAUUCUAUGCCGGCAUGGGUAUUGUGGAGCAUCUGAACCAAGCCGUGUUUCCGGACCCAGAAACGCGGCCGACCUUUGUUAUAGGCCACUCGAGCCACGCUCUUGAACGUGACGCGAAGGAUCCCCACAACCCGUUGGCUAUACAGAUGAGGAGAAAAGGCCGCGUCUUGCUGUCAGGCCCUCCCGUAAAUGCAGCCGACAGAGAUGGCCUCCCAAGAACGUGGGAUCGAGUGAUGCGCCACGCUCGUACACAGCACUUCGUCAAACUCCUUUCCCAGGCGCCGGGGCUGCACGCCACCGGCUUUCCGUGGGACCAGUUUCUCCGCCGGAAACUGCCCUCGAUGAUUUUCUCGUCCAUCACGGACUCUCUGUCGGCUGCCCUAGGAGUUCCGUACGAGCGGUUGCAUGUAGACCCAUCUGCCCGACGAAUGUGGGCCAAACUUUUCGACGAGACGGUUCAGAUCAUCCAGGAGCUCCCCGACUUGCAGGAGGCACCUUUUAUUAAGUAUUAUUUCCGGGGCCGUAAUUUCCACAGCGAGAUGGCCCGUUUCCUUCAUGCGCAGAGCGGCCCCAGCCCGUGGAUCGCCAACAUCCGAGACGGAAAGGCGUUACCCAUGCAUUACUUGAAUGGGUUCUUCAUCAGAACCGCAAUGGCAGCCGGGCUGAGCGCGGAGCAACACCGGCUGGUUUAUAACAUGGUGAGGGCGAAAGAGGAAAACAGGCUGGAAGAGCUGCAGACAGACAUUCCGCUGUACUACUCGCCAGAGAGAGAGAGGCCUGCCACGGCCAACUUUGACCCCGCGAUUUCGCAGGCUGGGCAUCCCGCUUCCCUCGACUUGACCAAAGUCAACACACCACCGUCACGUACCCCGGUUCCCAGCAUGGCCGACGCAGAACUCGAAGCAAUCCGCAAAGCUCGCCUCGAGCAGCUCAAGUCGCAAGGCGGGGCAGGUGGCGCCGGAGGAGCAGGCGGCCCAGCGGGCGGCCAGGCAGGCGGCCAGGGCCAGAACCAGGAGGCACAGAAGCAGGCCGAAGCCGAAGCGCGCGCCUCGAUCCUCAACCAGAUCCUGCACCCGGAGGCGGCGGACCGGCUGGGCCGCAUCCGCCUGGUGCGUGAGGACCGGGCCACCGACGUCGAGAACCGGCUCAUCAUGCUGGCGCGGUCCGGCCAGCUGCGGUCCAAGGUCACCGAGGACCAGCUCAAGGAGCUGCUGAGCGCCGUCGCCGAGAGCAGCAGCCAGCAGGACAAGAUCGUCGUCAGCCGGCGCAAGGGCUGGGACGACCUGGACGACGAGGGCGACGACGACUUCUUCGACUAA